AUGGCUUCCACCGCAGGAUCUGUUGCCGCAGGAGGCAGACAUCCUCUUCAGAAGCUCUCUUCGCCGUCUUUUGGCAUUUCCGCAAUGGUCCAUUUAGCCGGUCUCUCGAGCUUUAUCGCGUCGUUCAAAUUUAUGGUCGAUCAUCCAAAUUUUGCAAACGAAGCAUAUGGCUGGCACUUCCAGUACCUGACGAUCAUUGGCAUUACCUUGGCGACCAUGACAUUCACCGCGGGCCUGGCUGCCGAUUUGCUCUCAUCUCGCCGGCUGUUCCUCGUCAAGAAUAUGCUAUCCGUGUGUGGCACCCCGCUUGAGGUGUUGAUAGCUCUGCUGUACUGGGGGCUAAAGAUGGUCGACGAGAAGCUGGUUGUCCCAGAGUGGGCAGAAACGGCGCUGAUACCGGAUCUCGGGUUCCACGCGGUCCCCGCACUGGCCCUGGUAAUUGAUCUGCUGCUGUUCUCGCCUCCGUGGACCAUCACGGCCAUGCCGUCGUUCGGCCUGGCUACUUCCAUCGCCUUUGCUUACUGGUUCUGGGUCGAGCAGUGCUACAGGUACAACGGAUGGUAUCCAUAUCCCCUAUUUGAGAAAUUGACCACACCGUGGCGAGUGGCGCUGUUCCUCGUCAGCGCUGCGUUGAUGACCCUAAACACGGCCCUGCUCAAGUGGCUCUAUUCCAAGUUGAACGGAGAGCACAAGCCAGCCAUGUCCGAGGCCCAGUUUGAUAAGGAGCAGAAAGCGACAAACGGGUCACUGAAGGGUAACUAG